AUGUCGCGCUCUAUAAGUAUCGUCCGCUCCAAGGGCAAGCCUGCUGUGAUAUCUGAGGAGAGUAUUGAUAGCUUGGAGCGCCAGAGACAGGCCCUUGACUUCCUAGGAAAGGAUGAUCUCUACAAUGCGAGCAGGGUCUUGUUUGACCUGCCCGCCGAGGAUGACUACACUUACCACGCAAUGACGAGUGUGAAGCUCGCCGAGGUGCAGCGGGUUGUGCAGCUGGGAGGUGUUAAUGGAUUGCACAGCUGGUAUCGUCAAGACGACGGGUCGCCGAGAGAUUGUCCUCCACUCCCAGAUGUUGAUGCCUACGUAUCAAUAUUCAGUCCAUCCACGGUUACAGUGUCAGCCUUGAAGAACUUUGCCACCAAUGCCAAAAAGACGUCCAUACGUGCCGAGGUCGCUGACCACCUCGCUGGCAAGCGAUUCCUCCACCCCGCCUUGGAGAACAGAUUGACCAUACCCAAGACAAAGUCCAAGAAGCCUCCUAGGAGCAACCCCUAUUUUGAUUUCUGGGCAUGGUCAUGUCGAAAUUUGGAAUGGUGCGGCCCAUGCGAGUCGUCCGGCCGGGUGAACACGAGUCAUCAUGUCCUACCUAUUUUCAUGCAUCACUUUGGAUGCGCGACACCGUCUCAUGAAAGCCUAGAGAUACUGCGGAUUCUCGCAGAGGGACGGGAGCUUGUCGACAUAGGGUCAGGGAACGGGUACUGGUCCUUUAUGCUCAGGCGGUAUGGACUGACUGUGCAUGCUGUGGACAACAUGCAGAGCGAGUGGCGUGUCAAUUGGAUUGGCGACACCAUCAUCUCUGAUGGUGUUCAGUGGCUACGAAGGAACGCCAACGGACAAAACAUGGUGCUGCUCCUGGUGUACCCGAUCGUCGGGGGAGGUGUCGGAGGAGGGACAGAAGGUGGCUUCACGAGGAAUCUUGUCAAUACGUUCCGUGGAGAUACGAUUGCAGUGGUUGGCACUCAGAAUGGAAACGGCUACACAGGCUUCAAGAACGUGACCAUGGACCAGUUCAUGGAGAGAGAACAGCCGGAGUGGACAAAGGUCGUGCAGAUUCCGCUGCCGAGUUUUGCUGGGAAGGACGAGGCCUUGUAUGUUUUCCAGAGGGGAGAUAGGGUGCCGAAGGGGCCAUGA